GAGAGCCCUAGGGCGCAGGGCAGAGCCGGGAAGACAAGAGCGGCAGCAACGGCCCGCCCGGAGGACGCAGACCCAGAGACCGCGGCCGGCCUGGAGGCAUGGAGCGCCGCGUGCGCGUGAAAACCUGGGUGGAGGAGAACCGAGCCUCCUUCCAGCCCCCAGUCUGCAAUAAGCUCAUGCACCAGGAGCAGCUCAAAAUCAUGUUCGUUGGUGGCCCCAACACAAGGAAGGACUAUCAUAUCGAGGAGGGUGAGGAGGUGUUUUACCAGCUGGAGGGAGACAUGGUUCUCCGCAUCCUGGAGCAAAGGAAGCACCGGGAUGUGAUCAUUCGGCAGGGGGAGAUAUUCCUGCUGCCCGCCAGGGUGCCUCACUCUCCGCAGAGGUUUGCCAACACCAUGGGGCUGGUGAUUGAGCGGAGGCGGCUGGAGACAGAGCUGGAUGGGCUCAGGUACUUUGUGGGGGACACUGUGGAUGUCCUGUACGAGAAGUGGUUCUACUGCAAGGACCUUGGCACACAGUUGGCCCCCAUCAUCCAAGAGUUCUUCUGCUCAGAGCAGUACAGGACAGGAAAGCCCAUCCCUGACCAGCUGCCCAAGGAGCCACCGUUCCCUCUGAGCACACGCUCUGUCAUGGAGCCCAUGUCCCUGAAGGCCUGGCUGGACAGUCACCGCAGGGAGCUGCAGUCGGGCACAUCCCUCAGCUUGUUUGGGGACACCUAUGAGACCCAGGUAAUCGCACAUGGACCAGGCAGCGGCAAGAGUUCAGGAGAGGACGUGGAUGUGUGGCUGUGGCAGCUGGAGGGUUCCUCAGUGGUGACGAUGGAGGGACAGCGCCUGGGCCUGGCCCCCGAUGACAGCUUCCUGGUGCCAGCUGAGACCUCGUAUGUGUGGGAGCGAGCACGAGACUCUGCGGCCCUGUCCGUGACCCAGGAUCCUGCCCGCAAGAAGCUUCUGGGGUGACACUCUUGCUGUGGGCCC